UGUCACUAUAAAAAUCACUCUAGCAGUUUCAAAGGCCCAGCUUCUUCUAGGAUACCUCGAUGUGGAAUACUUCAAUUUGUUUAAUAUAAGAAGCUCCCUGCUAUGUGGAUAUUUGUUAGCAAUGACUGAUGUGGAAACUACAUAUGCAGAUUUUAUUGCUUCAGGAAGAACAGGUAGAAGAAAUGCAAUACAUGAUAUCCUGGUUUCCUCUGCAAGUGGUAACAGCAAUGAAUUAGCCCUGAAAUUAGCAGGUCUUGACAUCAACAAGCCAGAAGGCAAAGAUGAUGCACAGCGAAGUUCAACAGAACAAAGCGGGGAAGCCCAGGGAGAAGCAGCAAAAUCUGAAAGCUAAUCCACCGCUUUGACCUUCAACAACACCUGACAACAUGGCCGAUCUCCAGGCAUUGCUGGAAUGAAGGAGUUUCCAUAAGUGAAAAGGGGAAAAGAAAAUGGCUGUGCUGCAUCACGGGAGCCUGCUCAUUACCGUCCUCAAAAUGGAGGCAGAGGCUGUGGCUGCAGACAGACUUUUCUCUACCUCUGUCAUUAGCAAUGGCUGAAAUUAUGUGGUUUGGGUUUGGAUGUCAUUUUUGUAUGGAUCCUUUCACUUGACCAUGUGAUGAAAUGCUUGUAGAAAGUAGCACUGACCUAGAUGAUGAUUCCUGUAGCAUCUGGCCCCUCACAAUGUCAGAGGAUUUAAUUGUGUUUUCUUGCAAAGGGUUGGUUGAACCCCAGAGUUUAAAUAUUGCUGGAUCAAGUAUUUACCCAGUAAAAGAACCAUCCAGAAAGCAGUUUUUAGCAUUAUGUGUCUGUGUUACUGCUGUGUUACUUACACUGUUUUGUAUUAUACAAUAUAGAUGCUCAGCACUGCCCGUUCUUUGACUGCUUAUUGAAAAAAAAAAAGAUGUAUAUUACUGUGAAUUUUUAUACCACUCAUUUUUUACAGGGCUGCCUGUUCUUUUUUUCAUAGUGUGAUGGUGUACACAGAACACAUUUUUAAAAAAUGUAAUCUUUCCUCUUAAUCAUUAUAUAUUAAUGAAUUAAAUCUAAUUGAUUCACCAAGAUUCUUUUGCUUUAUUAUCAGACAUUUGAAAAUAUCCAUUAAUGUGAAUAUCACUUAAAUUCAGUCUGUUUGGUGUCUGUACAGACUGGAAUUUAAUCAAUUUUCUUUUAUGCCCAAAUGAGAAAUUUAUCCCAUCUAAUAUUUUUAUUCUUAGUUAUGCCAAUUUGAGGGAAUGAGGAGAUAGAUAUCUAAAGCUAAGAUAAUCCUAAGAACUGGAAAUAUUUUGUUCUAUAUAAUCAAAUUUCCCACAGUGAUGUACACUACUAUUUAAAUUUGGAGAAAAACUUGCCUCCACCAAACUGAAAAGGAUGGAAAAAGUGAUCUCCUGGCAGUCAUGUGGACACCAAUCAUAAAAGUAAAGCCCUCACAUUGUGUUUUACAUGUCUUUUUUCAGCCUUGUCAGAUCCAGAUGUUAUUAUGCACUUUUUAAUGUUUGUAAACUUUUACUAUAAUUAGUGUGAACUGCACUGUAAUUAUCACCAUUAGAAGCUAACAAAAUUUUUACCAAUACUGUGGAUGGCUUAUGCUGUGUUUUGACAUGAUUCUUUUAUGGAAACUUUGUGUGAGUGAUGUAAUCCCUCUGGUCAGUAUUAUGAAAUCAUUUGUCAGUGGUAAUAAAUGAGGAACCAGUAAUAUACAAAUGAUUUAUGAAUUACUGGACAAAUAACAGGUAACAGAAAACCUCUUUGCAGUAAAGAGCCCACUUAGCUGUCCUGGAGGGUGUAGAUAUAGUUUCGGGUAAUGUAGGUAGAACAGCAUUUCAACAGGUAAUCUAUGUGGUUACCAGGAAUUCACCCUUUCUCUAUAGUUACAAAUAGGGUGAAAGGUAGGUCUGCUCACAUCUCCUUUACAGUGCUUUUCACUGUCUUGAAUAAUAGCAUGAGUCUCAUUUGGUUCUGAAUUAGACAUUACGACAACCAAAAAAAAAAAAAAAGGAAAGAAAGAAAGAGCAAUUGAGUCUGAGAACAACAACAAAAAAAAAUUAGAUUAUCUCUUCCUAUCUACCCUGCCAAUAGGCCAAAGUGCCCAG